CGACGCGCGUUCGCCUUGCAUCUGUUCAUUUCUCCACCUCUCCACAUUACCCAUGUCUGCCCUGACGACGGCACAGCUCUUGGCAGAAGCGGAUGCUGCAUUAAAGAUCGACUCUGUGCGUGCCGAGGUUCUGUACAAGCAGAUACUGACAUCGUCCUCGUCGGCGCCGAGUACUUCAAAAGAUGUCCAGCAACAGAAGACGCAAACGCUGAGGGACCAGGAGACCGCGCUUGUCAACCUUGGGCAACUCUACCGGGAUCAGAAGAAUGCCCAGGGCGUUGCGGAGGUUAUUACGCUGUCAAGAUCAUUUAUGUCCUCCACGGCUAAGGCAAAAACGGCCAAACUGAUUCGCACCCUUCUGGACUACUUCAAUGCCAUUCCUGACAGCCAGCAAGUGCAGAUGAGUGUUUUGCACGACAACAUCGAGUGGGCCAAGCAAGAGAAGAGGAUAUUUUUGAAGCACAGUUUGGAAACGAGGCUAGUGGGAUUACAACUGGAGGAAUUGCAAUACAAGCCUGCGUUAGCAAUGAUUGAAACUUUGCUUACUGAGCUCAAGCGCCUCGAUGAUAAGAUGGUCUUGACGGAGGUACAUCUGCUUGAGAGCAGGGUGUAUCGAGGAAUUGGAAACCUUCCUAAAGCCAAGGCUGCUCUGACUUCCUCACGAACCGCUGCCAAUUCAAUCUACUGUCCUCCAUACCUACAAGCGUCUCUUGACCUUCAAUCCGGUAUCCUCCAUGCCGAAGACAAAGACUACACGACUGCCUACUCUUACUUCUUUGAAGCUUUUGAAAAUCUGUCUGCUCAAGGGGAAGAUGAUGGCAAAGCACUCGGAGCUCUGAAAUACAUGCUUUUGUGCAAAGUUAUGCUCAACCUUCCUGAGGAUGUCACAUCUUUGCUUUCAAUAAAGCUGGCCGUUAAAUACGCACAGCUCAAAGAGGUCGAAAGCAUGAGGGCCGUAGCGCGGGCUCAUCAAGAUAGGAAUUUGGCUGACUUCGAGAAAGCGCUGAGGGAUUACAAGGACGAAUUGUCGUCCGACCCUACAAUACGAUCACAUCUUGCGGCGCUAUAUGACACUCUCCUGGAGCAAAAUUUGCUGAGAAUCGUUGAGCCUUACUCAGUGGUAGAGCUUGAGUACGUUGCCGACACUGUCGGACAAGGUCGACAAGCUGUUGAGGCAAAAUUAUCACAAAUGAUUUUGGACAAGGUCUUCCAUGGUGUACUUGACCAAGGUCGUGGAUGCCUACUCGUGUUCGACGAGCCCAAGCCUGAUAAUAUGUACAUUGCUGCGAUUGAUACGCUGGAGCAGGUAGGGAAAGUAGUAGAGUCGUUGUACGCGAAAACCGUCAAGAUUGUGUGACCAACCGCGAGACGCGUCAAUGCGAUCACGUGGUUUAUGUAAACUGUCUGCAAACAAUUCCUAAGAC